AUGGAUAGCAUUGCGGUUAAAGAAUGGUUUGCUGGUUAUAAUGAGAGCAGCGAGUACCGCAAGCUCGGUAUCGGAGCUUUGAUGGGCGACGUUGUCGACCGUAUGGUCAGCACCGCUGUGGAUGGUGGCUGGCGCAGUGAGAGCUCUGCGUCUGGAUCUGGCGCUCCUAGAAAUAACGUCGAUGCCGGCAUUAUGCUUGAGGAGUUCUCCAACCUGCCCGUUUCCGCUAAGAAGCGUGGUGUUUUCUCGUCUCUGCUUGGUGGCAGCAAGUCGCAUCUAAGCCACCAGCUCUAUCCGAGACCGCUCGUACCCGAGUGA